AUGGGUAUCAACUACCAUAACACUACUGGCAAUGUUAACUGGCUCAGGGACUUUCGUGAUGCCUUCAUCAAUCAAAAUUCUAAUAACAUUGGUUGGGAAAAUCUCUUCCCAUGCUGCAUAUGGGAACUAUGGAAAAACAGAAAUAACAACAACAUAACUAACCUUAGUUGCUCUUUGGACGUGAAAAAACCCAUGCACUUUGCAUGGGAAUAUAUCUUCUUUACAGGAAAAAACCCUUUCACUACCAAAAAUAUUUCUAUUGAGAUCAAGUGGUAUAAACCGCCAAAAAAUAUUAUUAAACUAAACUGUGAUGGUGCUUUCUCUUUUACUAACAAUGCAGCAGGAAUUGGUGGAUUAUUCCGUAAUAGCAGUGGUGAUUGGAUUAUGGGAUACCAUAAAGCAAUACAUGGCUCCUCUCCAAUUCAAGCAGAAUUAUUGGCCCUACUCGAAGGACUAAGAAUUGCAAUGGAGUUUAAUGAUACAAAUAUGGAAAUUGAAACUGAUAGCACUGACGUUAUAAAACUAAUGCAUGAAGAUUGUACUAAUUUCCGUAACAUUAUAUUUGAAUGCAGAUGGUUAAUACACCAACUGAGGCUCCGAAUACUGAAGCACAAUUUUAGAGAAGGAAAUGAUAUGGCUCAUCGACUGGCUAAAGAAGCAAUGAGACAUCCUCCCAGUAACAAAUGUGUUUAUCAUGCUUGUCCGCCUUUUUUUUGCUGA